AUGAUUCGAAUGGAAUAGCGGUAGACACUGACUGCCAAUAAUGCGACAUCGGAUUUUUUAAAAAAGGGAAUCAUUGUGCUUUUUAUAAUAUAAUUAAUUAUAUUAGCUUGUCAGUACACAGCGGGAACAGAAAAUUGCUUUCUUUGCGAUAAAGAAAAUGAAUGUAGAAGUUGUUUUUCGACACAUUAUUUGGCUCCAGGUAAAAAAUGUGAACUUAUUAUUGAAGAAAGCAACCCGAUUUGUCAAACAUGUUAUGUUACGCAACCUGAUUAUUGUACAACCUGCUUCACUUAAUAAAUGCGGAGUUCUAGAAUUGUCCCAGGACAAUGCGUGUGUGAUUAAACAUUAGGAUAUGCAGAGUUAGAUGGUGAAUGUAUUUUAUGUUCAACUGGAUUUUGUUUGACAUGUACUCUAAUAUUUGGAGAAUGUACAUCAUGUGAUCCAUUACAAUAUAGAAAUCUUAUUGAUAGUAAAUGUCCAUGCAAGCAAGGGUACUGGAUAAGAUAAUAAAAUUUGUUAAUGUAAUUUUCUUAAAUUUUCAAAUUAGAAUGUUAUUUUUCUUGUUACAAUUUCUCAGGACCGUUUGAGAAUAAUUGUACAGAUUGUGGAGAUCCAAACAUUUAUCAUAAAGAAUUAGUCGACGGAAAAUAUAUCUGUGCUCCAUGAACAAAAAAUGUUGUUUAAAAUGAUGGUUCAACUUUAUGCAAAAGUAUUAAUAAAUGAAAAUUAAGACUGUCAUCCAAGAUGCGAAAAAUGCUAAUCUCCAGAAGAUAAUUCAUCAAAUCAAUACUGCUCGAUGUGCAUAGCUGAAUAGAAUAGAACAGUCUCUAGUGAUUUAAAAUGCGUUUGUAAGAAAGGAUAUGGAGAAGUUGGCAUUGUAGAUAUUUGUUUUAGUAUGCUUUCAUUUUAUAUUCAAGAAUGUGAUUAUACUUGUCUAAGUUGCAAUGGACUCUUGCUAACUAAUUGUACAGUAUGUUCUAGUGAAACAAAUCGACAUUUGACUGCAGAAAACAAGUGCUUAUGCAAUUCAGGAUAUUACGACACAGGAAGAAACGAUAUACUUUGUUAACGUAUUAUAAAGAAUGUAAUUAUUUUGAUUAUUAAGGUAUUUUUAAAAACUUAGAGAUGUUUGAUUAUAUAAUACUGUUGGAUAUACUAUUCACUGGUGAUGCUGAAGCAUGUGGUGCUGUUUGGCAUUUGUUUUUUUAAUUAUAAGUUUAUUUGCGUUCAACUGUGAACUUUAUUCUACCUCGACAAUGA